UUCCUGCCACUGGCCGCCUUCCCGCGUUUAAGCAAUACGGAACAAAUGUGAACAUUUCAAACAAAAACACCGGUUUAUUGCUCGCGCUCUCUUGUUCUUUCCCGUUUCCAAGGAAACAUGGCGGUAAACUUCGGCAGAAUUGUCGUGGGGAUAUACGUGGAAAUAAAACGGAGUGACGGGCGAAUACAUCAGGCCAUGGUAACGUCUUUAAAUGAAGAUAAUGAAAGUGUUACAGUGGAGUGGAUAGAAAAUGGAGACACAAAAGGAAAAGAGAUUGAUCUAGAGUGUAUAUUUUCACUGAACCCGGAUGUUGCUCCAGAGGAGGAGAUUUCUCUGAGCCCUGUAACACCACCACCUCCCACACCUGUGUCUAUGAAGGUCAACAAGAUCCCCAAGAAUCGAAGGACUAUUGCUCCUGGCAGGGCGGAGGUCCCAUCCAGAGACAACAGAGUUGGAUCAACACGGGCGCGUCCUGGCCAGCAGCAGCCAGAAUCAGCUCUCCCUCCACCUGCCCAGCAACCAGUUCAACCUACCCAGGCCCAAACACAGCAGAGCCAACAACAACAACAACAGCAGCAGCAGAAUGCGAGGAGGAAGUCCAACUGUGUAAAAGAAGUGGAGAAACUGCAGGAGAAGAGGGAGAGGCGACGACUGCAGCAGCAAGAGUUAAGGGAGAAAAGAGCCCAGGAGGUAGACACGACUGUCCCCAACUAUGAAAUAAUGCAGAUGAUCAGAGACUUUAGGGCAAACCUGGAUUACAGACCACUAACAGCAGCAGAUUUGAUUGAAGAGCACCGAAUAUGUGUUUGUGUGAGGAAGCGCCCUCUAAAUAAAAAAGAAAUGACGGCAAAGGAGCUAGAUGUGAUCACAAUCCCCAGUAAAGAUGUCGUCAUGGUCCAUGAGCCUAAGCAGAAAGUAGACCUUACCCGAUACCUAGAGAAUCAAACAUUUCGGUUUGAUUAUGCCUUUGAUGACAGUGCAACAAAUGAAAUGGUCUAUAGGUUUACAGCAAGACCUUUGGUGGAAACCAUCUUUGACAGAGGAAUGGCUACGUGCUUUGCAUAUGGUCAAACUGGAAGCGGAAAAACUCAUACCAUGGGUGGAGAUUUUUCAGGAAAGAAUCAGGAUUGUUCAAAAGGAAUCUAUGCAUUGGCUGCUCGUGAUGUUUUUCUUAUGUUGAAGAAACCCAAUUUCAAGAAAUUAGAUCUUCAAGUCUACUCAACAUUCUUUGAAAUUUACAGCGGAAAAGUGUUUGAUUUGCUUAAUCGUAAAGCAAAGCUGCGUGUCCUGGAGGACGGGAAACAGCAGGUGCAGGUGGUUGGGCUGCAGGAGAGAGAGGUCAGGUGCACUGAAGAUGUCCUUAAGCUCAUUGAGAUGGGAAAUAGCUGCAGAACGUCUGGACAGACCUCCGCCAACGCUCAUUCGUCCCGCAGUCAUGCUGUCUUCCAGAUUAUUCUGCGCAGGAAGGGGAAGAUGCAUGGCAAGUUCUCACUGAUUGACCUGGCAGGAAACGAGCGUGGUGCAGAUACAUCCAGUGCUGACCGGCAGACACGACUGGAAGGAGCAGAGAUCAACAAGAGUCUACUUGCACUGAAGGAGUGUAUUAGAGCCCUGGGGCGGAACAAACCGCACACGCCAUUUAGAGCCAGCAAACUUACACAAGUGCUUAGAGACUCAUUCAUAGGGGAGAACUCGAGGACAUGCAUGAUUGCCACCAUCUCUCCUGGAAUGGCUUCCUGUGAAAACACUCUAAACACCCUACGAUACGCCAACAGAGUAAAGGAGUUUGGGAUUAGUCCCUCAGACAUUCCAUUUUCCCAGGGAGGAAGUCGUUCUGGGCUCUCUCCCACUUGCGAAGUGAAGGAGCUGACCGUGGACCCAAACAACAUGGCUGAAGGACUUCGACCCGCCAUCAACGCUAUCAACCAGCUAAACAUCAUGGAUGAGGAGUGGGAGCUGAUCAGCUCCCCCCAGAGAGAUGACCUCAAGCUGCUCUGUGAACAGAAUGAAGAGGAAGUUUCUCCUCAGCUCUUCACUUUUCAUGAGAUGGUGUCCCAGUUGGUGGAGAUGGAGGAUCAGGUGCUGGAGGAGCACCGAGCAGUGUAUCAGGAGUCAGUUAGGUGGCUGGAUGAUGACAAGGUUUUGCUGGAGAUGACUGAGGAGGUGGAUUAUGAUGUAGAUUCCUACUCCUCUCAGCUUGAGCAGAUACUUGACCAGAAGAUUGAUGUCCUUAUUGAGCUUAGAGAUAAAGUGAGGUCAUUCCGCUCAGCGCUGCGGGAAGAAGAACAAGCCAGUAAGCAGAUCAAUCCCAAGAGGCCUCGAGCUCUGUAGACUGAGACUAAGGUCACAGGCACAAGCAUGACGGCUAGAUACUCGGCACAGUUACAGAGGUUUCAGCAAAUACCAAAUAUCCAUAAUGUGUCUGUGCUAGAAGACCUGCUAGUGUCAGCAGAGAUGCUCCGAAUUCGAAUGUCUCUUUCUUUGGCUUACAUGUGAAAUAUUCAAACCAUUAGAUUAUUGCAUUGAUGUACUGCACUGCUUUAAGUGGACUGCUGAUCUUCAAGCAAUGUCUGGCAGAAGCUGCAACCGUGCCCAUCUACUAAUGUGACAUCCAGCACAACAUUACACUGAAUAAAAAUUUGAAGAUCAGCAUGUGCCUUAAGAAAGCUGUACAAGCACAGCCAUUCACAUAAGCAAGUAGACUUAUUUGUUGUUAGAAAGAAUGAUGGAGUGAAACUCUGCAGUAGACUUGGGAAAUAGAUUACUUUUCUUUGUAUUUGUAUUUAUUUACUUAUUUUAAGUUUAGGUAAAAUGGCUGUUAACUACACAGUCAAUUUUUAAGGGUCUUUAUCACCUUCUUUAUUUGAAGUUGUUCUAAACUUAAUGCAUGUGCUUUUAGUAACCUGUUCCCCAUUCUCUGUUACCAGCAUGGCAGACCAGGCCCAUCUGCACUUUAUACUAUCCUUUUUGUCUGUGGGUCUAAAUGUUGGACCUUGCUCAAGUUGUAUUAAUCUGUCUUCUUUAAGGUGGCUAGUUAUGUCCCUUAGUGUUUAAUUCAGUCACACUGUUCACCUUGGAUUGUCUACAUGUUCUUAAGGAGGUUGCUGCUGCUCUUGGGUGCGAACAGAGCCGUUUUUUUCCAAUUGUUUUACUUCUAGUUUCAUUAAGACACUGUCCUUGUUUUAAACAUUACACGUUUUUACUCUGUGUUGUGGCUCUUUUUAACAGACGUGGUCACUACAGCUGAUCUUUUAACUAUUAACACCAAACUCUGGUGACUAAAUAGCUUAUGCUUUUCUUUUCUUUGUAGGGCCUCAGGAAAGCGGGAUAUUGCAGAGAUAGACAGACAGAUCACCCAACCUCACUUCAGCCAAGCACUAAUUAGGUGACUUUAGAAGAUUACUUUAGAAAAAAGGUUGUCAGAGAGACAAAAACAGAUAGAAAGUGAUUGUUGUAUAAGUUGUGUUUUGAGAGAAGGAUUAUUGUCAGAGAUUGCUUCCCUGAAAGCAAGAUUGUUGUAUUUGCUAUGGGAAAUUUGAAGAACAUAAUAAAGAAAAAUCUCAUCCUUUGAUGCAUCUUAUGUAAGCAAAGAGGACAAGCAAUAUUAGACAGUAUUUUAAAUUGCACCUAUAGUUUACAUCAUGCAUUGGUACCAGUACUUAUUAGUGCAGGUACUGAGAAUUUGAUGGUACUGACAAUGCUAUCUAUGAAAGUCCUUAAUAAAUAUUUAUGUACAACACACCAUGUUCCUGGGAAGGUAAUCUCCUAUAAAACAUAUGAAUCUGACAGACAUAUGCAUGUGAGGUUUGUUUCUAGAACGUGGUUUUACCAAAGGAAGGAAGUCAUUACAUUAGUGCCAUUGCAGCCUGCUAUUACUGCAGGACCUGAAACGGUUCCAUGUGCCAGCUUUCCACUUUUAUGGAGGUAACCAGAGAUGGGUGCAAGAUCCUCAAUUUCUCUCUUGAACAAAAAAAAACUGUGGGUAGAGCUUCAGCUUUUUUCACCCCUCUGCAAGUUUCUGAUGCACACUAAGAUUAAUUCCCAACCUCUUAUCACAUAGCGGUUAAUGUUUACAUUUCAGUCAUUUUAAAAGUAUAGUGGAAAUCCUUAGGUUUCUAUGUAAUUUCAAUUCAGGCUGCAACAAUCGUCAUCCAUGUCUAUAUAGAUGGGAGGAUUUUGUUUUAAACAGGAAGAGCAGACAGUCUUCCCUUCAUGUCUGGAUGAACAUGUGCGGUGUAAUUUCUUUUGUUCAUUGUAUUCCCAAAAUUAAUGCGUGGUGUGACAAAGCGCAGACAUGCCUCCUGUCCAGAUUUUUUUAAAUUUUUUUUUGGGUAGUUCAUAAAAUCCAAAAUGUGAACCUACAAUCAGAUACAAUUGGAGGACUUGGAUUAGAGUUUGUUCAUCUUCACAUUUGUUGGCUAGGUUCUUGCUAGGUUCAUACUGGAUGAAUGGUAACUGUAUGAAGGAUUUAAUUGAAAAUGUAAAUAAGAAAUCUAACUGAUCUCUCUGCAUUAACAAAUAUUAGUUUAAAAAGAGAAUCAAAAUGCAUCCAAAUUAUCUUCAUUUAUAAGUUUGUGUUUUGUUUUAUUUAUUAUUAAUAAGUUCUUUUAAACCUGUUCUUACACUGGCUUAAAACAAAUGAAAUGAAAAAAAAAGGCUUAUUUUACAUUUUGGGAUAAUGUAGCACCAUUAGAUUAACAUCUAAAUGAUAAUUGGUGCAUUAUAAAUAAAAUGCUUUCUUAUUAAUAUUAUCAAUAUACACUCCAGCCAUCCUGUGUUUGAGUUUUAUGAAAAGUGGAUCCCAGCAGAGUUGAAUGCAUGAAGUAAUCUAAGGGAAGAAAGGAACAAGAAGCAACGUUGUUAAAAUAAUUAUUUUAGCUUAACCAGAGUAACUCUGUGAAAACAUAAAUUGUAUUCACUUACACCAUGAAGUCAUCUAUGUCCAUUGAUCGUGCCCGUUUUUCACUAAACUCCGAUUCCUGUAAAACGCUCUCGAUUUUCUGGGUAAUGCUGAAGUCCUGUGGUAUGUCCUAUUAAUAUAGGAUUAGAAUGGCCUACAAUCAAAUAUCUGACACCAACUGUGCCAAAAUAUAUGAACAGCACCACAGAGAAAAGAAUUUUAAAUAAUCUACCGUAAAGACUAUUUUGAUGAAGGGUGGGAGAAGCUGUUUACUUACUAUGUUGUGCAUGGAGCAAUGAAUUCUGUAGUUCUUUUCCAAAAGCUGCUCAACAGCUGUAGACCUUGGGGUGGGGGAGGUCAGGGGGACGGGAGGUAGAGUUAAAUGUUUGCUUUUAGGUACUGACAGAUGUCAAGUCGUUAAACUGAAAUAAAUACUUACUUGAAGGCUGCAUUCAGAGUUUUGUUCUUUCUUACAAAGGCAAUUCUGACAAGACCAUCCCAUUCCUGCCGGUAAAGAGAACUCCAACAUUUUAAUAACUUACUCAGUGUUAAAUGACAAACUGGCUGAAUAAAAACACCACAAGUGCAACUGAAUCAAAAAUGAUUAAGUUUACAUCUGGCCUUCUUUACAUGUGGAUGUUUUGCUUGUAUUGGGAGCGUUUUUCUUUUGGUUACUUUAUACAGCUACAAUUACAGCAAAGAAAAAUGUUAGAUAUUUCUGUGAACAUGGAAAUGAAUGAUAGCUGUAUAAUGUGAGAAACUGGAACAUUUGCUACAUUAUUCAUACUAAUAAAAGAAUUCAAGCUUGCCUUUC